AUGCCCCAUCCGUGGGGAUUCGGUCAAGCACCGUCAUCGCCACAACAAGGCACCGGCGAUUGGAUGCCGAGCGGUUCCUGGCCGAUCGGACAUGACGGUCCCACGCAGGAAAUGUGAGUUUUCUCACUUCGAUAUUGUUGUUUGCGUCUCAGAGAAGCGCAGACAUUUUAUGGGAGAACGAAAAAGGUCAACAACAGCCAUUCUCUCUCUCUCUCUCUCUCAAUUUUUAUCUCUUCCCCUCCGCGGGGGACUGCUUUUUCCACGUCAUGAUUCGUGAAAAAUCGCCUUUCAGAUAUCAUCAACAAAGCAUUUCGGAUACGCAUUUUCCGGACAACCACUACGGUCAAUCGACAAGCGAAUCGGCUUCUGCCCUCGUGAUGACGUCACCGUACGAUUCGGAAGAUCCGAAACAUGCUCGGUGAGUUGGAAUGCUCUCUCCGAUAUCGACGAAAAAGUCUCAGAGUUUCUGAAUGUUUUUCCUCGAAAUUGAAUGGGAAUUAGCAAAAACCGCGCGACGGAACGCAAAAAGGAACAAUAAACCGGGGGUUUUCCAGUUUCUUCGGUGAAAAACCGGUUAUCUACCAAAUUUUCCCGCUGUUUACGGUCUUCAGAGCUGACAAUAUGAGCGUGGCCUUGGCAGCCAAAUGGCGUUUUCAUGAAUUGAGCACGUUUUCUCUGAUUUUUGUGGUCAACGGCGAUGAAAAAUGAUUGUUCGACAUGAAAAUACACUAAUUCUCAGAAUUAAUGACGUUUUGGCGCAUUUUUCGCGGACUUUGCUUUUUUGCCUUCGCCGCCGAAACCGCACUUCUCAUUUUGCGCUUUCUUGACUGUUUUCGGACAGAAUUGGUUUUGAGAAUGAUAAAUCACGUAAAUACAAGCAUUUUGAGCGCUCGAACCGCGAAAGCUACCGAAAAGCAACUGAAAUUCACGCAAUUUUAGCCAAAAACCUUCAAACGGAUAAAUGUAAUUGGCGACUUGACCAAAUUUAACGCUCUUGCGCUUAAAAAAUUAUUAAUGACCUAUACAAUCGGUCUAUUGAGAGACAAAUGUGAAAUUAUCGGUUUUUCGUGGCUAAUCUGGCAAGAAACACUAAUUUUGCUGUUAAAAUUUGAAUUUCGCGCCAAUGUAUCAUAGGGGCACCGCACAGAAACGGCGCUCUGUUGAGAAACUCUUUUUGCAGUGCAAAUUGAGCGACCUCGGGGCCGAGUUUGAAAAGUGAGGCCACGUUUUAAGUGGAAAAUUACUUCGCGGCCUAGAAAUUCGGCUAGUUUGCGAACAGCGCGCCCUUUCUGUCCGGUGCCCCAAUAAUAUCGCUCUAUUGGGCGGGGCGCACUUGCGCGCCCAUUGUCAGCUCUGGAGACCGUGCGCUGCAUCGGUGCUUUUUUUUAAUAAAAAACACAUGUCUGUCAACUGUAGACCAAUGGAACUUUUCAGAUACCUGAGCCAAUUCCGUGUCAAUCCCUGCCAGCUCUUCGCGAACCGUCAGUGCCAAAAGCACCGUCCGUUCAGCUGCUUCAACUACCAUUACGCGAAUCAGCGCAGACGAAGGUACCAUUUUAUCUGGAAAUAUUAAAGCCAUUCGACUUCUUGUUUCAGACCAUACCGCCCGGACGGAACGUUCGCCUACUCCCCUGAACUCUACUGCGAACUCUACGACGACAGUACGGGACGAUGUCCGAAAGGCGACAAGUGAGCAAAAUGCUUUCGUUCCAUAGAAAUCUCUCAUUUCUAGUUGUCAAUAUCUGCACCGGGUCGCCGGAGACGUCGAGAGACGCUAUCAUCCGAGGUACUACAAGACGGCGCAGUGCUCUCAUCCGAACGAUGAGCACGGCGAUUGCAUCAAGGUAUCUCACUUUUCUAUGAAUCGCUCAUCUUCAAUGCUCUCUUUCAGAACGGUGUUCACUGUGCUUACGCGCACACGAACGAUGAGAAACGACCGAUUCCGCAGAACGUGGACAUGAAUUUGAAUCCGAACGGUCGGCAGCCGGGAUUCGUAAAGACCGCCGAGGAGUGGUUGAGCCCGGACUACGUGUUGUCCCACUACAAAACCACGCUCUGCCAGGUCGCGUCGCUGUCUUGCCGUCAGGGAUACGCGUGUUCCGGCUUCCACAACUCGAAGGAUCGUCGUCGUUCUCCGGCUCAAUUCUUCUACAAGUGAGCUCAAUUUCUGGCAACAAUCUCACCGAUCCCACUCAGAUCGACACCAUGUCCGGCCGCGCGUGGCUACAACGAAUGGCUGAGUCCGGAGUCGUGCAAAGCCGGCGACACGUGUCCGUACUGUCACACGAGAACCGAGCAACAGUUCCAUCCGGACGUGUACAAGUCGUCCAAGUGCACCGACUUUCUUGAGGUUCGAGAACUUUUGAUCCGAUCCCAUCUGAUUCUACUUCAGCAUGGCUUCUGCCCUCGCGCAAUGUUCUGCGCGUUCGCGCACCACGAAACAGAGCUCAGCAAGAUGUGGAACCCGUUUGUUCCCAAGAUUGUCGACGAAUUGACCGCAGAUCUGGGUCAGUUGAGCCUAGUACAUGCGGAAGAACCGCAUGCGCAGCCCGGAUGGGAUAGCAGAAGAAGCUCGGAGAGCGUUCCACUUGGGACCGACCAUGACACCUACGAACCGCCGCUUGUCGUUCAUGAGCCCGUUGCACAACACCAGACGGUCGAGGACCUUCUCGCCGCUGUCGAUGAAGCCGCCGAGUUUGUGGAGAACAUGAGGGAGGAAGAUUUGGGUGUCGAGGUCGAGUUGAGCGGAAGAUCGGAGGCCUACGCACGACUGUUCAUCAAGCAUCUGGAGACUCGGAAGAUCAUGGAGAACAUGGUCGAGAUCAUGCGAUCCUCCAUGAUUCUGUACAGACAGGCUUUGAUGAGCAAGACGGCGAUGGAGAAGCAGGUGGAAUCGCUCCAACAGCAACUUCUCGAAGCCACGCACCCGCUGCUCACUCUCGCUUCUCCGCUUUCACUCGUCAUUCCGCAGCAAGGACCGUCCUCUUCAAGACCACAAUUCAGCCCGCCCGUCGAUGUGCUCGGCGUAUGUUCCCAAAAGAUUCGGAACCUUCUGUAGCCUUUAUUCUCUUUUUCAGAUCGGUGUUCUCUCGGCGCCGGCGUGCCCUCGUUGUGGCCGUGAUUUCGUGCAAACCGGAGCGAACGGACCGUCGUCCUGCCCGAUUUGCCCAAAAUAA